AUGCAUUGCUCAGCCUCACAACCAAACGAGCAACUCGACGAAGCGACUCACCCCGACACAAUGACGGAAGACACCGACAAAGCACUUGACAUGCAAAGCAUGACCAUGUUCUUUGAAGGCAUAACGCCGUACGACACAAGUAAUGCUUCCACAAAGAAUGACUUUGCAUUCUCAGCGCUUGAGAUGGAAUUCCUGACGCCGUGCUCGAGUCAAGGCGGUGGAGCUAUGUUUAGUAGCUCCGAUACGUACGCAACCAACAUCAUGCUCGAAGACGAAGAUGCAAUCGACUUUGCACGGCCAGCAAGUAGUGCAUGUGACAGCGAGCAAGGCCCACAAAGCAGCAUGCAGCGCCUGGCCAAGAUUGGUCUGGACCUCCACGAGCAAACGACAAAGUACCAAAAAGUCGGCGACAACAUUGUCAUGCAGGACCUCGUCAGCGACGUCCUGCGCAGCUCCACUGAGUACCUGAAUUGCUUGCUCACACUAGAUGAGACCUUUAUAUCCAAUCAAAGCAGCAGAUUUGGCAACGCGUGGACAGACGACGGGCAGUCAAGCCUACAACUGGACAUGUCAGCCGUAUUUCAAUUGCUGAUCCCUUACGUGAGGUUAGUUCAGCUGCACAAUACACUAUACCGGACAAUGCUCCGCUAUUUAGGUAGUAGUGGCAGUGGGGGAGGCAACGGCAACGGUAACAACGGUAACGGCCCAUCGGGUGCGCCGGUGCCGCAGUCGAAUUUUCCGCUCUUCACCGUCGAUGGUACUUGCGUCAACGCUAGCGAAACUUUUCGCGCACGACUCUUGUUGCACAUGAACGUAGAUCUGUUGGCGGAGAUUGAGAUGGCUUUGGAUUUGCCGCACGAGGCGCGGAUAUGCAAUCCGCAGGUAGAAGGUGGAAUGGGUAGUAUGAAUAGCCCCAUGAGCUUUCCGCUCAACGGGCAGGGCACGUGCGGCCUCUUGCGCAAGGCUAUCUCGCCGAGACUACUCGGUACGAUCCUUGAAGAACGAAACCUAGGGGUUGAUGGCGUACAAUCCAUGCGAGACACCAUUGCUUGCAUUAAGUGCUUACUUCGAUCUACCCGCCACCGACCACAAUAUACUAGUCUUUGA